ACGUCUGAAUAUUUUGAAUUAUCGAACUUUACCCAUAGAAAAAGUAUAUUUACGGGUGUACAUUUCUCUUUUGAAUGAACAAUGUCUGUUCAAACUGAAACAAAUAUAGUAGUACAUCAGAAUGUCCUGCUCAAAAACACUUCAGACAAUAAGAGGCCAGCAAGUAGUAAUUCUUCCUCCAAAAAACGGAGAGUUACUUCUAGUAUGCUUUAUCUCGAUGAAGAACCAGUUUUUUCAGACUCCGAAGAAGAAAGAGAUUAUAUGUUACGAAUUUUCAACAAAUACACAAGUACUCCGAAAACUCCCAGAAACCGCGAGACUGGAAUCCAGUGUGACAUUUCCAUAGACAAUUCUCUCUUUGCAUUGAUCAAAACUUGUUCCAUAUUAAAUCCUGAUGUCCCAACUAGAUUUCCAGUUUUUAAGAAAUACCUAAACGAGCUUGUUCAUGUUUGCAGAAAAAUUCAAAGUGAAAUGCCUCAUGAAAUUGAUAAACAUCCUGAUGAAAUGUCUGAUGUUGACAAUAUUUUUGUGAAUCAACACUAUGUAAAAGAUACGUGUCCUGUAGCAAGUAUAACCGUUGAUGCAAGUUCUCCAGACUUUCUUCCAUCAAGUAGCGGUAAUUGCCCACAGAAUGAAAAUCUGGUUUCAAGAAAUGACAUUAGCGAUAAAUUGACUCCAAGUGAUCCCAUAGUAGGCGAAGAGUCACCGCCAAAAAAGAUCGAAAAGAAAUUGGAAAAAAACAGAAAAAAAAGAAGACAUGAUUUUGAUGAGAGUUUGAUGAGACGGUCUUUGAGAGAGAAAUGUAAACCAAAGAAAAAAUACAAAACCGACUGUGUCUUUUUGAGUGGUGAACCUUCAAGAAAAAAGAAUAUUCAUAAAAAAUCAAGUAAAAAAUCAGGAACCAAACCCAAAGAAAAUAUAUCUAGGGAUGGUCCUAGUAAUAAAUUGAAAAGAACUGAAAAAUCGUCUGACAAGAUGGAAACAUGUUUGACGAAAGGAGAUGAUCGUAAUUGGAGAAAACACGACAAUAUGGAUUUAUCUGAGAACGUGUCGAAAUAUUUGAACGAUUCUACUGUACAUUUUAAAAUACCAUUACCAAAAAAUUUAAUAAAACCUUUGGCAAGAAACUGGAUGAAGCCCAGUAAAAGUUUUAUCAGCAAUUGGAGAAAGUGAGAAGCCACAACCUCAAUUUACCUCACUUCGACAAGAAAAAGUGAGGAAUCUUUAUUCUCCUUCGAGGUGGCUAGAUUCGGAAGAGUUUUUGAAUUCCCUGCCCAGAGAAAAUGAAAAAUGAUACCAGAUUGUAUUAUUUUGAUUUCUCCUGCCUGAUGUACAGUUUUUUUUAAAUAACUGUUUUGCAUGUUCUUCUGUGUUUUCACAUGUAGAUAUUUUUUGAUAUACAUAUUUUGUGAGUAG